AUGAGAGAAAGUGGUCUCUCGCCUAGUGAAAUUUCCAGGGCGUUGGGUAUCUCCCGGUCUAUUAUUUACAAGUGGACAAAGUGGUGGGAGGAGGAGGGCACCCUGAACAAUCGCCCUCGCUCCGGUGCUCCACGAAAGGCAACCGAAGAUCAAGAUGCUCAGAUCAGGGAGAUGGUGGAGGCGAACACCUUCACCAAUGCAGUUGAAGUUCAAAAACUGUUCGACUUGUUACUGGGAGUUACAGUGACCAAAGGAUUGCAUGCAGAUGGUAUUAAUCAUCGAACACGAGCGACCAAAGGGAGGUUGACCGAACGUCAUCGCCAAGGUCGCCUCCAAUUCGCCCAGCAGUAUGUAGACUAUGACCCGGAUUACUGGCGAUGGUUGGUACAGCUGGAAAUGUGUCAGAGCAAGCCAUACUGGCACCAGUCCAUGUUCUGGUCUGACCUGGGACCCGAUGUUGGCUAUGAGGCUAUUGGUAUUGUGGACUCCUCCCUACCAACAGUAGGUGUGUUUGCUAAGGCCACUGAGAAGGACACACCAAAGGCAGUGGUUGAAGCUACUGGAGAAGGCAUGCGGUCAGAAACUGAAAGUGCUGCAGAAAGUGGCACCAUAGCACAUUCCAGCGAGCCCCAUGCCCCAGUGUCUGGUGAAGAUUAUGGCAAAGGAGUUGUUUUUUAUCUGCGAGACAACAUUGUCGUAGGCAUUGUAUUAUGGAAUGUAUUCAACCGUAUGCCAAUUGCAAGGAAGAUCAUUAAGGAUGGCAAGAGUUACGAUGAUCUCAGCGAAGUGGCAAAGCUCUUCAGUUUGCAUUCAGAAUAGGGAUGACAGUAGCUUCUCAGAUUGUUACUAUUUUUGACAUGGGUUCCUAGGAGUCAGUACUUUUUUUACAGAUGAACGUAAAUACCAAACAUUUAGAAAUGAAGAUUGUUACGUGUAUAUAGAAUGAUACUGUGAAGUCAGCUACUGAACUAUGGCUUGUGUGCUCAACAAAACUAGAUUACAAAACAUUGCCAUCCAAGCGACUGUAAAUGCUUGUGAAUUUCAAGAUCACUAUUAACUUUACAGAAACCUUGCACAUCUUACUUUUGAAUAUAGUUUGGUAUUUUCGCACAAUUCAAGCUUACAGUCUGAAAGACUUCCGUUGGUAUCACAUUAUGGUUGCAGAACUAAUGGUAUGGGGAGCUUCUUGCUAUUUCAUGAUUGUAAACUAUUGAUUGAUUCUUACACAUGUGCCAGAGCUGCAAGUGCAAAAGUUAAGCAGUAGUUUAAGUUAUAUGGAGUUAAACAGCAAAAACUGAAUAUUUCCAAGGUGCCAUAGCUGCAGACACCAUAGAGGCAGAGAGCUGGUUUUCAAAGAAAUGUUAAUUUAUGUAGGAAGUGUUUAAAAUAUGUUGCUGAUAGAAUGAGCAAAAUGGCAGUGCUUUUCAAUUUUGUAAUUUAGGAAAAUAACAUGAAGUCGACAAUUAAAGAAUAUAUGAAAGGAUGCUUUUGUUGAUUUUAGUGUUGUGGUUAGUGAUUUUUUUUUCCAUUAUUAUUACUAUUGUAGUUAUCAUUAUUAUUAUUAUUAUUAUUAUUAUUAUUAUCAUUAAUAACAUUAUUAUUGCUCAAAGCAGAUUUAGUAGAAGGGAAGGUUAGUUGCUUUGUCAAUUAUACCUAGAAACAAGGUAUUUUUGCAAACUGUACAAAAGUAAAAGUCAUCACAAUUCUUAUGAUUUAUGUAAAAGGAACUGGACAGAAGGUAUUGCUACAGUGCAUUAGUCUUCAUCAUUCCUAAAUGAACCAUAGCCAUUACCCAUAUACCAGAGGAUACCAUCUACAGGCUUGAUUUCAUCUUCAUCUUUAUCCCCCCCACCCUUUUUUUUAGGGAUGUAGUUGAACGCUGAAAAGCAAUUCCAUGUUGACACGAUGGAAAAGGAACCCAUAGUACAUCCAUACUGGUUUACUUAGAGAAGUUAACAGUUUGGAAAUCAGGGACUUCUGUGCUUAUGAAUGGUUCUUGAUUGACUUCUUACGGGUUCUGCCGACAUUGUGAGCACUAAUGAUUAACGCCCAAAGCAUAUUUUAUGCCAUAAGGUUAAAUACUGGAGUCUUAAUAAAAAAAAACAAAAAAACGUGAAGUCAUGGAAAAAGUUAAUGAAUCAACAAUGUUCUGUUAACAUGUUUGUCUCGCAUCUAAUGUUAGAGAAUCCUGUGAUUACCUAACACCCCAUCCUGCUUGCAAAGAAGGUGAGGGAGGUGUUGCAUGUUACUUUUUUGUCUAUCAUUUUUCAUCUUUACACCAAGUCUUCCUCACAAAGAUUUUAUUUGCCAAAAUUAACUUGUUGAAGCAUUUGCCAGUGCUCAUUUGUGCAUAAAACAAAAUCCAUCACAUGUGAGUUGUGUGUAAAUAAGAUAUUCUACUGAACACAAAAAGCGGCACAUUGUACAUAGUGUAAGUGGCAUAAAAUAAAUGUUAGAUUCUUAGUACAAAGUAUUUUACUAA